CUUACCUCAAACCUCCCCUAAGCUACAUCCCCCCACCCCCUUCCCAAAAGGAGAAAAGAAAACGUUUUGUUACAUUUAUUAUUGAAACACCAGGUCAUAGCUAGUGUUGUUUCCUCUUUCACCUCGAUCUAGACUAUAUUACGGGCCUUUCUUUGGUUUAUUUGAAGCAAUUAACUUCUCUAACUUUUGCUAUUCUCAAUGUUGAGAUAAACCCUUCACGCUCAUUGUUUGGUUAGUUAUAUAUGUAUUGUAUUAUACAUUACUCAAUAAAUUUUUAUAUAUAUAGUUCUAAUAGCUAAAAUGCUUAUUACUAUAAAAAACUUAUUAGUGAUCGUAAUCUCAACUCUUUGGUUUUUCAUUGCGUCGAGCAAUAACAAUACUGGCCUUUUCGAGACUGGAAUUUUGAGCCUCCAUCAUCAUCACCAUCGCCAUCACCGCCAUCACAAAAAGCACCAUAAUUGUCACAAAGGAAAUCAUAUAUCGGUUAGAAAACAUAAACAAGUGUUCAAUGUGGAUGCUUUUGGGGCGAAGGGUGAUGGAAUCACAGACGAUUCCAAGGCAUUUAAAAGAGCUUGGAACAAGUUCUGCCAAUCAAGGGAAGGCAUCCUUCUGAUCCCUCGCAAGAGAACGUAUUUGCUUAGUCCAAUGCACUUCAACGGUCCAUGUCAUCCCAACCUUAAUCUGAAUCUACAUGGAACAAUCAAAGCGUCUGGGAAUAAAGAUGACUACAGGAAGGACAGGGAACAUUGGCUGAAGUUCAAUAACUUGAGAAAUUUCGCGGUUAAAGGCGGUGGUGUGGUAGAUGGCAAUGGCCAUAUAUGGUGGAAGGAGUCUUGCAAGGUCAAAACAACAGAGACUUGCGAUAGAGGCACCACACCAUUUGCAAUGACAUUCCAAAAUGGCAUAAAUAUAAGCGUAAAGGGCUUAUUGUUCAGGAAUUCACAGAGAAUGCAUCUUGUCUUUUCUAACAGUCAAAUGGUUAGGGCGUCAAAUUUAGUAAUAAAAGCUCCCGGAGAUAGCCCCAACACCGACGGGAUUCACGUCUCACGUACCACAAAUGUGGUCAUCUCCGAUUCAUUUAUUGGAACUGGUGACGAUUGUAUCUCAAUAGUGAAUGGGUCCACAAAUGUAAAAAUAUUGCGUGUGGUAUGCGGACCGGGACAUGGUAUCAGUAUAGGAAGCUUAGGGAAACAUGAAAAUUUAGAAGAACAUGUAACAAAUGUUGAUGUUAAGACGGUCCUGCUCAAGGGAACAACUAAUGGAGUCAGAAUAAAGACUUGGCAAGGAGGGAAAGGAUCUGCAAGGAACAUCAAGUUCGAGAAUGUUGAAAUGCAGAACGUGACAAAUCCCAUAAUCAUAGAUCAAUACUAUUGUGAUAAGCCAAGAGACAAAAUCGGUGACAACUUGCCAUGUAUUGAGAAGGAACAAGCAGUGCAAGUGAGUGAUGUGGUCUAUAGAAACAUAAGAGGAACAAGUGCAAAAGAGGUUGCAAUAAAAUUGGAGUGCAGCGAGAUGGUUCCAUGCCGAGGGAUUCUGUUGCAAAAUGUGCAUUUGAUGAGGGAACGGGCUGGAGUGGUCAAAGCAAAAUGUUCAAAUGUCAAGUAUGAGACUAAAGGGAGUGUUUUCCCUAGAUGUCAACACACUUAUACCUCUCAUUCUCCACUUCUUUGAAAUCAGAACUCAUGACACUCUUUUUUGCACAAACACAUACCAGCUCAACAUCUACACAUGUACUGCUACAUGCAACUCAUUCAACUCUACAUUUAUUACAGUUAGUGAUCUUCCACACAUAAUUCAUUUGUUAGUGUGGGGGGUAAAUAGCAUCAGUC